AUGACGAAACCAAAAUCCAAAAAACAAGCUUUAAUUGGGAACUUUUUCAAAAGAAAAUUCGAAGAAAUUAAUGAUAAUGAGUCAAGUCCGAAUGUUGGUAAUGAUAUCCAAGCAAAUGAUGACGUUGAUGGCGAUGCAAGUCCGAAUGUUGAUAAUGAGAAUAUCCAAGCAAAUGAUGACGUUGAUGCAAGUCCGAAUGUUGAUAAUGAUAAUCCUACAACUUCAAUUCCAACAACACGAGGUAUUAUUGAUUUGAAUGAUCUUCCUUCGGAUCCACAUGAUAGGCCACCUAUUACUAGUUAUCACCCAAAUCAAAUAGAUGACAUAAGAAGGUCAUAUCUUGUUAAAGGGGCUUUUCAACCUCGUAGUCAUAAGUUUCCCGUUAAAGACUGUUAUGGAAAAAAAAGACGUUUUGUUGUUAGUUGGUUUAAUGAUUGUAGUUGGUUAGAGUAUAGCAUCAAAGCAGACAAAGUAUAUUGUUUAUAUUGUUACUUGUUUAAAGAAGAUGUUGGUAAUCAAGGCGGAAGAGAUACAUGGUCUUCUAGUUCUAAAGGCUUUUGUGAUUGGAGUAAAAAUGGGUCAUUAAAGGAACAUGUUGGGAAUGUUGAUAGUCAUCAUUUAAAGGCGGCACAAAAAUGUCAUAAUCUCAUGAAUCAAAAGAAACAUAUGGAUGAGAAUAUGAAGAAGUUGACUAAAGAAGAAAUGAUUGCAAGCUAUUAUCGAUUACUUGGUUCCGUUAUGAGUGCUAGAUUUUGUUUAGAAAACUCUUUACCCUUUCGUGGCCAUGAUGAGUCGAAAGAAUCUAAUUCUCAAGGUAUGUUUCUUUCGGUGUUAAACUUGAUUAGUACUAACCACCCGGAAAUUGGAAAGUACACAUUAGGGAACGCAAAAAAGAACAAUAAACUGACAUCGCCAAAGAUUCAAAAGGAGAUUAUUGAAUGCUUUUCAAAGGAAGUAACAAAAAGCAUUUGUGCAGAAAUUAAAGAUGAUGUGUUUGGGUUGUUGGUAGAUGAAUCUAGUGAUGUUUCUUUAAAGGAGCAAAUGGCUGUAGUUGUUAGAUUUGUUGAUAAACUUGGGGCUGUUAGAGAGAGUUUAAUCGGAAUUGUUCAUGUGAAAGACACGACUUCUAUAGCUCUUAAAGAAGCCAUUGAUGAUUUAUUAGCAAGCAACCAGUUAAGCAUAAAGCAAGUGAGAGGGCAAGGUUAUGAUGGUGCAAGCAACAUGCGGGAGAAUUUAAUGGGUUAA